UCCGACUUGAAAUGUCUUGUGUUCUUUUGUAUUUUGUGAUGGUCUGAUGGUUCCUUUAUAUACGUGCAACUGCUUUCUUCCAACCAUCGCCAUUGCUGCAACCAAGUUACAUGUCCUUCCCCUACAACGGCGCAUACUUCACUUUUCGCCUGGACCCAGAAGCAUCCCUACAGGAUCUGGAGGAUGAUGAGGUCACCCUAGCCGCUCGCAGAAUCACGCCCAAAGUCUAUGUGGCCUGCACGACGCAGACAAUUGGUGUCCCUCAACUCCCACCAUUUUACGAAACGGCGUACAUGGCGCUCGUUCAACAGGGUCUCCCACCUGACAAGCCGGAGGAGUUCCUCGAGUCUCGGAUGUGUGUUCCUAUCCGUCCCAACACCCAACAUCCAGAUGGUCGAAGAGCUGCCCAUUGCUGCCAUCCGCUGCCUUGGGAUGGGUGCUACCACGUCGCGCUGCAUCAUACGCGCGUGCGGAUCAAGACAGAAAUCCGGCCUGUCGACCCCCCUCAUUCUCUGGGUCCCGGUGAAUCUGUGGCGCUGAACGCUGUGCUCGAAGACGAUGAACGGCGACGAGAGUGUCUGCGCGAUUGUGCGGCGAGAGGAGUCGCGCCGCCGCCUGCUUCUCUUGGUGAAAUGGCGCUCUCUGCUAUCAAGCUUGCCAACAGCGAGGUUUCCGAUAUUCCUUAUUGGCAAGUCAGGGCCGCCGAACUACUAGCUGAGGACCUAGCCGACCCUUCUGACGAGGACGAUGACUGUUAUAUGAUACUUGACGAAAACUGGAAACCUAGUAACCCAUACUCCAGGGCCAGUAGCUACUCGGGCGAUGGUAGCUACGCCGCGUCCGGUCCUGCAUCGACUCAUUCUGGGGAUGGCGCGCAGGACGACGACGCGACCCCAGCCAGCGACGAUGUUGCGGAUGUCACAAACGACAUACUCGCUGCCAUCAACUACCAGUCGGACCUGCGCGACGUGUCCCCGGUCAUCGUUCCUCUCUCAUACGACUUGAGCACCUUGGACGCGCCUCCUUCGCCAACCGGAUUCAUGGAAGAGCUAGAAGCGAUCCGCAGGAUACGAUUAGAAUACGAAGAACGUGUCCGUCGGCUGAAGGUCGAAGUGCGACGUCGUGAUGACGAAUACAUGGCUGGCAUCGAAGCACGUCGUACUGAGUCCGCGAGCGUUCAGGCCUUGUCUGUGCCUAUAGCGCCUAGCAUGCCGACCAGAGAGUCGAAGUGGUCAAUCACCACGGGCUUCGUGCCCAUUGCCAACAAGCUGAAGUCACGCUUGGACAGUGUCUCUGCGCCAAAAGUCCUCCUCGUUGUCAAGCGAAUCACCAUCAAAGGUCAAACCAAGGAAACUCAGGGCGUUGACGCUUUCGUCCGUUUGGAAGCGCAGGAAGCCCUAGGACCGUAA